GUGUAAGAUUGGUUCACGCGCGACAGUGGGAAAACCCACUUCUCACACUUCUGUUGCUCCCUUACAUGCAAGCGGUCUGCCAGCGCGGUGGUAACGACGUUGCAUAUGCAUGCAGGACAGGAGCACCAGGCAAUGUGCCUGCCGACUGCAUGUUGGUGGUUGACUGGGAGUACACUCAACCAUGGCGUUUAUCUGACUACUCUGGAGCUGCAUACUUUGCUCAGGCGGUUUGUUUCAAGAAUUCUAUUCCAUUAUUACAGAAUGGUCAAUUGCCAAUCACUUAUCCUUAUUGCAUCUUCAAUUGCCAAACGGGCAAACAACAAAUGCCUCGAUAAGGUAAGAUUGGGGGUUCUCCAGCUUCGGGUGGGACUUUGGCGUCUCUAGACAGGAGCUGAGCUGGAUCACGGGAAAGCUGCGUUCACACUCGCGUGGAUUUGAACUGCUGCGGAGAUCCCCUUAAGGCUACGUGUUGCGGUUGAGAAAACUCAGCAGACCAGCCAUCAACGUCACUGUCGUUCUAAGAAGGAGACAUGGUAACUCAGCAGUCAGCGGAAUAAUGG